UUCGCUGUCCAUCUCCAAUAAUAAUAAUAUAGGCCCUUGUGCAACCCUGUCAAUCAUUGCUGGCACUGUCCUCUUUGUUACAGCUCUACAGUUGGAUAUCCUCCUCUCCCCACCAUGGCAGGCCCGGCUAGACCCUUGCUCGCUAUUGCUUCGCUGGUGCUCGUUGCUGCUGGCCUUCUCUUCCAGUUCUUGACAAUCCUGACUGGCGGCGUCAACAAGUCCCCUCUCGACAGGUUCUACUUCCUCGAAGCCUCCACCAACGGCAUUCCCAACGCUCGCAACCCUUCUCGAUGGACCUUCUUUGCUAUCUGCGGUGAAAACCCAAGCAAUGGCCGCAAUGCAAACUGUGGCUCACCUGUUCCCGCUCUUCCCUUCGACCCACCAAGGAACUUCGGCACUGAGCAAAACAUCCCUGAUGCCUUCCUCGGCACGAAGCAGUACUUUUAUCUGUCUCGCUUCAUGUUUGCCUUCUACCUAAUUGCUCUUUUCUUUGCUGCCGUUGCCCUGCUUUCGGGUCUCCUGGCUCUCUUCAGUCGUCUUGGAGGAUACCUAUCAUCUCUGAUGACCUCCAUUGCCCUCUUCUUCCAGGCCCUCGCUGCUGCUCUCAUGACUGCAUGGGUUGUCAAAGGUCGCGAUGGUUUCCGGUCCGCCGGCUUCCAAGCCCGUAUCGGCCGUUACCUCAUGGGAUUCACAUGGGCUGCUGUAGCUUGUUUCUUCCUAGCAACCAUCAUGUUCUGCCUUGGUGGUCGUCUUGGUGGUGAUAGCUCUUCGAGGAUGCGCCGCAACCGUUCCACAAAGUCGACCCGCAGCCGUGGAAGUUUUCUAGACACUGAUUCCCAGCGCAGGGUCAAGAGCGACUACUCUGUAUAGACUAAGAACUAAUGAGGAAGGAGACAGGACUCGGAGGCGUUAUCCUGGAGCAACUGUCUUUUCUGCCACGAUAUCCACGAUUUACUUCAAUAUACAUGUACAAGUAUAGUUACUCUUAUAAUAGCG